UUAAUUAAAUAAAGAGGAAAGAAGUCUGAACAGGUGAGGUGAGAGAGAAGGAACUGCUUUGACAAGUGUUGAAGUGUUCCUCUUUUGCCUAUUGCCAUCGUAAUUUCUCUGUGAUCGAGAAGUAUAUCUGUAUUUCUGCGGUGGAAUUGUCAUCUGAAUUUGUAAAAGGAUAAAGGAACCUAUGAACGAAGAGCUAAGGGGCACAGUAGUUGAAAAAAUGGUUGCAAUGCCAUGGAGAAGUUUCCACUGAAAGGUACGAACUUGUUGAACACUACAAUACCGCAAAAUUAUCAGAACACAUUAACGACAUACCAAUCUCUUGAUACAAAGGUAGAGAACUCUGACGAUGUGCAUUUUGUAGAGGAUGUGCGAUCGCGGAAUCGAACUGCUGGACGUGAGAAUAAUCUGAGCAGCGACGAAGACAUGUUGGAGGUCAACAAUGUAAACUCCCACCAAGGGGACAGUACUGUCUUCUCAGACAAUUGUAUUCGCAUUGACGAUUCGUCCUCUCACAUUUCAGUGGAUUCCGAUGACAUUCCUGGAAUUGGCCAGUAUGAUGAUUUCCAUACAAUCGACUGGCAAAGGGAUAUUGCCAGAGAUAGAAUGCGGCAUCGAUACAUUGUCAAGAAAAAGCAUGAUUCCAUUUGGCGCUUGAUCAAGGGUGCUCACGAUGCGUGGUCCGGAUGGCUCUGUGUUUUGUUCGUCGGUUUCUUUACAGGAGUUGCAGCAGGUAUCAUAGACAUUGGUGCCUCGUGGAUGACCGACUUAAAGUUUGGUAUAUGCCCCCAAGCUUUUUGGUUGAACAAAGAACAAUGUUGUUGGAGCUACAAUGAGACAACUUUCGAUGGUGCCAACUGUACUCAGUGGUUGGCGUGGCCGGAAGUAUUUAGCCAAUCGAAGGAUGGCGCAGGACCUUACAUGAUCUCAUAUAUGUUUUACAUAGCAUGGGCUCUUUUGUUCGCGUCUCUCUCUGCAUCAUUAGUAAGAAUGUUUGCUCCAUAUGCCUGUGGCUCUGGUAUUCCUGAAAUAAAAACCAUACUAAGUGGAUUCAUUAUUCGUGGAUACUUAGGAAAAUGGACGCUGAUAAUCAAAUCAGUCGGUCUAAUCUUAUCAGUUUCGGCGGGAUUAAAUUUGGGCAAGGAGGGACCAAUGGUCCAUAUAGCCUGUUGCAUAGGGAACAUAUUUUCCUAUCUAUUUCCAAAGUAUGGCAAAAACGAAGCUAAGAAAAGAGAGAUCUUAUCAGCAGCUGCUGCUGCCGGGGUCUCAGUGGCUUUCGGUGCUCCAAUUGGAGGCGUUCUUUUCAGUCUUGAAGAGGUGAGCUAUUAUUUUCCUCUGAAAACGUUAUGGCGAUCAUUCUUUUGUGCUUUGAUAGCUGCAUUUGUACUGCGAUCGAUAAACCCCUUUGGCAACGAGCACUCAGUGCUCUUUUAUGUUGAAUACAACAAACCCUGGAUAUUCUUCGAGCUAAUACCUUUUAUCAUGCUGGGUAUAAUCGGGGUAAGCUUUUGUUUCGAGUUCAUCGUCAUGGACAAAGGACACUUCAAUAUCUCUCCUUUUGNUAAACAUGGAAGCAGUACAGUAUGUUUGGAAGUAAGGCACAGAAAGGUGACUGUAUCAUGUGCUUUAAAUUUUAUUUAUUAUCCACAAUGGAGUUCAAUUUUAGAAAUUCUUCCUAUAUAG